AUGGGUCUCAUCGACGCCCCCAACAAGGUUCCCUACUUCCAGCGCACCUACCAGGCUGCGUUCCGCGGACACACCCGCCUCUGGAAGAUUAACCCCCGCAGCAAUGUGCUUCUGACGCCGUACAUGGUCAUCCUCUUUGGCUCCGCUGCCGCUACCACAUACGGCAUGACCCGCAAGGUUCUUGGCUACAACACGUUCUGGUAG